GUUGAUACAGAGGGGGCCCAACAUUACAGGAGCUCAAUGCCGAGAUCAUGGACUUCUUCCUCCACAUCCAAGAAGUAACAGCUGUGCUGUUUCUGAGGCUCAGGCGGAGGUUCCUUCAGACUGCCUUUCUCUUGUGCAUGAUUGUGCUUCUUUUUCUGUGGCCCUCUUUUCUCUAUGGCAGUUUCUACUACUCUUUCAUACCAACUGCAAACUUCAUUACUCCUGUGCACUUCUAUUACAGAACAGACUGUCCGCAUGCCCAGCACUCGCUCUGCUCCCUUCCCAUGGCAAACUUCUCACUCCUCGGGAACAGCAAUAAGAAACAGGUGAUGACCUAUGGCCAGCCCUACCAGAUCACACUGGAGCUAGAAAUGCCAGAGUCUCCAGCCAAUGAGCAGCUAGGAAUGUUCCUGGUGAAGAUGUCCUGCUACUCCUAUAAUAGCCAGAUUAUCGAUUCUUCUGCCCGCUCUACUAUGAUUCACUAUCGCUCCAGCCUGCUACAGUCUCUGGGGACCCUUACACUUUUUCCUUUGCUGUUGAUGGGUGCUACUGAGCAGAAGCAGCGUGUCCUGGUGGAGCUCUAUUCCUCAUAUAUCAACAACUCAUAUAAACCCACUAUUGGAGCCAUUAUAGAAAUCUACUCUCAACAGGUUCAAAUCUACAAAGCCGAUCUCUACAUUCAUGCUCGCUUCACAGGCAUCGGGUACAUCCUCUAUCACUUCCCCCUGACUUCAGCUGUUGUGGGUGUAAUAAGUAACUUCAUCUUCCUCUGCAUGCUCAUCCUCAUCAGCUAUCCGAACAUCACCCUGGACUGCCACCCAAAUCCACAAGUUGUAAAUUGGAAUAAAAUAAGGCUGAAGAGUGCAAGAGCCAAACAUCAGUAUGAGAGAACCACACAAACUGAGGACCACAGUGCAGCCACAAAGACAUAUCUGCAGGAUGCCUCUGUAAUAGGAUCCGGUGACAUCAUGAAUUCCAGUUCAGGCCACAUGGAAGAAUCCAUUCUUCACACACAGAUGGAGGAAGACAUGAACAUGGAACAUGAAUCAUCCCAUAGGCUUUGCUGAGGGUCUGUCUGUAUCUGGGGCUGAUGACAGGGAUAUUUAUUUGAAGUAUAGAUUUCUGUCUAAGGUAUCUUCAGAUUAAUUUCUGCCUUCCUCAUACCAAGAAAAGACCUGCUAUCAGAGUGGAACUUUCUUAAGCUCAUAGGACAAAUGGGGAGGUUUAGAAAUUGGGGUAAAGUUUAUGAAAAGUAAAUGCAACAGUGAGGAAAUAUUCUCAGUUUCAUAGCUUGAAUCUAUGCUUUUUAUGCUAAAAUGAA